UUUUAUUGAUUGAUGAUUAUUGAUAAUUGAUUAUUUAUCAUUGAUAAUUGAUUAUUUAUUGAUUAUUGAUUGGUGAUUGGUGAUUUCUUCCUUCCCUGAAGGCUGCUGUUGAGUUGCCUUACAACUUUGCGGUGUCUGGAGUCUCAGCGAGAUGGUCAUGGAGUUGUUAAAACUUCCCCCAAAUCUGCACUUUUACCCCGCAAAAUUGAAGUUAAACCCACAAUUUCUCUGUAGAACAACUCAACGUCUCUCUGUACAGUCUGCACUCAAGAAAUUAAGGGUUCGUUCUGAAUUCAAUGGAAAAUUCAAUGGGGCUCUUUCUGGUGAUACUGACCCUCGUUUAAUGGACCGUCAAAAGGCACUAGAAGCAGCAAUGCAUGACAUAAACUGUUCUUUUGGUAAAGGAAGUGUCACGAGAUUGGGCAGUGCUGGUGGAGCUUUGGUUGAAACUUUUCCUAGUGGGUGCUUGACAUUGGACUUUGCUCUUGGUGGAGGUCUUCCAAAAGGAAGAAUUGUAGAGAUAUAUGGACCAGAAAGUAGUGGGAAGACAACUCUUGCUUUACAUGCAAUUGCAGAAAUCCAGCAAUUGGGAGGAAAUGCAAUGCUUGUUGAUGCAGAACAUGCAUUUGAUGCAGCAUAUUCAAAAUCUCUGGGAGUGGAUGUAGAGAAUUUAAUUGUUUGCCAACCGGAUAAUGGGGAAAUGGCAUUAGAGAUUGCAGAUCGCAUGUGUAGAUCUGGUGCAGUAGAUCUGAUAUGUAUAGAUUCUGUAUCUGCUCUUACCCCUCGGGCCGAGAUAGAGGGCGAGAUUGGAAUGCAGCAAAUGGGCUUGCAAGCACGUCUAAUGAGCCAAGCUUUACGUAAAAUGUCUGGAAAUGCGUCGAAGGCUGGCUGUACUCUCAUGUUUCUGAAUCAGAUAAGACAUAAGAUUGGCGUGUAUUAUGGAAAUCCUGAAGUCACUAGUGGAGGGAUUGCUUUGAAAUUUUUUGCAUCACUACGCCUUGAGAUACGUCCUAUUGGGAAAGUUAAAUCUGUUAAAGGUGAUGAAGAUAUUGGAUUGCGGGUCCGUGUUAGAGUGCAAAAGAGUAAAGUGUCAAGGCCGUACAAACAAGCUGAGUUUGAGAUUAUAUUUGGGGAGGGUGUAAGUAAAUUGGGUUGCAUUUUGGAUUGUGCAGAAAUGUUUAAUGUUGUUAUAAAGAAGGGUUCAUGGUAUAGCUACAAGGAUCAAAGGUUAGGACAAGGAAGAGACAGAGCAUUACAAUACUUGAGGGAGAACUCUCAGUUGUCUGCUGAGAUUGAGCAGGCAGUGAGGCCCUUGAUGGCUGAAGGGAUUACGCAAGCUAGUCCUCAUAAUACAAGAUACCCAACAUUGCCAGAACAAGAAGAAGAAUUUUUUGAAGAGGUGCAAUGAAACAAAACCAACAACCUCUGGGCAAUUUUGAAACGUUAUUGAAUCAAACUUGAAUUGGUGGACUGCAAGGUUUGGAGAAUCAAAUUCCACUCCUGUAAUGGCCGUGCAACUUGGUGCCCUGUUUCCAGUGCGAACUAUGAACAAGCUGAGAUAGAUAAUUAAUUCAUCCUUUUUGACUAGGAAAUUUAAUGGAAUUAGAUGAAGUAGGAUGUGUGUAGUUUUUGGUGUGUAUCUGCAGUGCUUUUUUCUUGUAAUAUGAAAUUUAUUUAUUUUUCUUACUUUUAAGCUAAAUCCUUUUAAAUUAAAUCCUGCUUUUUCUUCAA